GUGACGUACAUGACGUGAUGGUUUGGAGAAAAGGAUAGCACUGAAUUGAUUGGAGUGAAAAUACAUUGCAAUGACUAUUCGUUUCUCAAGUUUUGAACGCAUUUCAAACGGUACAUAUAGAUCAUAAGUACGCCAUGAGUUUACCCGAGUCGUACUAAUUUACUCGUGACCGAAGAAUUUGCACGUUCGGCUGGUUGGUCCACUGUAAAAGGUGACGGCAUUUCUGAAGCCCAUCGCAGACCAUGGGUGCCUCUAGUGUCAAGAAAAAAACCAAAAGUAGUAGGGUGAAGCACGAGGAACCAGUGACACAAACGAAAGAGCAAAUCAAGGCUGAGCUUAAGCGAAGAGGGCUGAAGACUUCAGGCAAUAAGAUCGAACUGCUACAACGUUUGGAAAGUUGUUCGUCACCUUCAAUGUCGGGAGUGUCUCGUCGUUCCAAAUCUGACCCUCAGGUCAACGGGUCCACUAAACACAAGAUGGCAAUGGACCGAGAGGAGCUAAAAAAAGAGCGUGCCAGUCUUGUAUUAUGGCGUCACCCUCUCCGCACUUUGUAUUACGCCACUUUGGAGAUGGCUCACUUUUUAAAGUCGUCCCUUCAAAGGAUGCUGCAUCAUAGAGUAUUGAUGACAAUGGUUUUUCUCCUAACAGCGGCCAUUGCUUUUGUAAUUAACGUUCAAGGACCACACCAAAAGGUCAUAGAGCCAUUCCUCAAGAAUAUUUGGUGGUGCGUGUACUGGCUUGGCCUGGGGGUCCUUUCUUCAGUUGGCCUUGGCACUGGACUACAUACCUUCCUUUUGUAUCUUGGGCCUUAUAUUGCCUCGGUGACUUUGGCCGCGUACGAGUGCCAAAGCUUAGACUUCCCACAACCCCCAUAUCCUGAUGAGAUUAUUUGUCCGGAUCAGCCAAAUCUCCAUUGGGAUGCCUCUGCAUCUGUUUGGUCAGCUGUGCUGGCUAUAAUGGCGAAAGUGCGUCUCGAGGCCUUUAUGUGGGGCGCUGGUACAGCGCUAGGAGAGCUUCCACCCUAUUUCAUGGCCAGAGCCGCCAGGCUGUCAGGUGGAGCUGAUGAUGAUGAUGAUGAAGACGACGAAUUGAGAAACCUUGAAGAAUUGCAACGGAAGCAGCUCAAUCACGAAGACAUGACCCUCUAUGAGAGAGCCAAACUUGGAGUUGAAAAGAUCAUAGAGAGAGUUGGGUUCUUCGGCAUUCUUGCCUGUGCCUCGAUUCCAAAUCCACUCUUCGACCUAGCUGGAAUAACAUGUGGCCAUUUCCUAGUUCCAUUCUGGACUUUCUUUGGUGCGACCUUGAUUGGAAAAGCGGUUAUCAAGAUGCAUAUUCAAAAGCUUUUUGUUAUUAUUGCGUUCAAUGAACCGUUGAUUGAGGCUGCUGUGGCGAUGCUAGCUAAAGUCCCUUAUAUUGGGCCGAAAGUUCAAGAGCCUUUCAAAGAAUUUCUUGCCAGACAAAAGAGCAAGCUCCAUAGGAAGGUUGGAUCUUCGUCAUCUAGUGACGGUCAUUCACAAAGCUUCCUUGCAUCUGUUUUUGAGAAGCUCGUUAUUUCCAUGGUGGUGUACUUUAUCAUCUCAAUUGUUAACUCACUGGCUCAGGCGUAUCACAAGAGAAUUCAUAAACAAGAAAAUGCAAAGGUGGCCACAGACUAGUCAAGUGAGCUGUGCUUUAGUCAUUCCCCUUGUGAAGCAAAGUGAAAUCAACGUACAUUCCCUGUGCCCUGAAUAAAUUUUGUGUUGUUGAAAUAA